UUUCCCACUCCCUCUGCAUAGGAAUCAGAAGUAAAGACAGAUGGGGAGACGGCAUCUGACAGUGAGAGUCGAGCGGAAUCUGCUCCCUUGCCAACUUCUGUGGAUGAUACCCCAGAGGUCCUCAACAGGGCCCUGUCCAGCUUGUCAUCAAGAUGGAAGAACUGGUGGGUGAGAGGUAUCCUGACUUUGGCCAUGAUUGCAUUUUUCUUCAUCAUCAUUUACCUGGGACCAAUGGUUUUAAUGAUCAUUGUCAUGUGUGUCCAGAUUAAGUGUUUCCAUGAGAUUAUCACUAUUGGCUAUAAUGUCUACCAUUCCUAUGACCUGCCCUGGUUCAGAACUCUCAGCUGGUACUUUCUACUGUGCGUAAAUUAUUUCUUCUAUGGUGAAACGGUGACCGAUUACUUCUUCACCCUGGUUCAGAGAGAGGAGCCUUUGCGGAUUCUCAGUAAAUACCACCGAUUCAUUUCAUUUACUCUCUACCUGACAGGAUUCUGCAUGUUUGUGCUAAGUUUGGUCAAGAAGCAUUAUCGGCUGCAGUUCUACAUGUUUGGCUGGACCCAUGUAACAUUAUUAAUUGUUGUAACCCAAUCACAUCUUGUUAUCCACAACCUCUUUGAAGGAAUGAUCUGGUUCAUUGUCCCUAUUUCUUGUGUGAUCUGUAAUGACAUAAUGGCCUAUAUGUUUGGCUUCUUCUUUGGUCGGACCCCACUCAUCAAGCUGUCCCCGAAGAAGACAUGGGAAGGUUUCAUUGGGGGCUUCUUUGCUACUGUGGUAUUUGGACUUCUGCUGUCCUAUGUGAUGUCUGGGUACAGAUGCUUUGUCUGCCCUGUGGAGUACAACAAUGACACCAACAGCUUCACUGUGGACUGUGAACCCUCAGACCUGUUUCGCCUGCAUGAGUACAACAUUCCUGGGGUGAUCCAGUCAGCCAUUGGCUGGAAAACAGUCCGGAUGUACCCUUUCCAGAUUCAUAGCAUCGCUCUCUCUACCUUUGCCUCACUCAUCGGUCCCUUUGGAGGGUUCUUUGCAAGUGGAUUCAAACGAGCUUUUAAGAUCAAAGACUUUGCUAACACCAUUCCUGGCCAUGGAGGCAUAAUGGAUCGUUUUGACUGCCAGUAUCUGAUGGCCACCUUUGUCAAUGUCUACAUUGCCAGUUUUAUCAGGGGUCCUAACCCAAGCAAGCUGAUUCAGCAGUUCCUGACCCUCAGGCCAGAUCAGCAGCUUCAUAUUUUCAACACACUCAAGUCUCACCUGGCUGACAAGGGGAUGCUGACCACCAUCACCGAGGAUAAUGAAUAGGGGUCUGUCUCCCAGGGCUGGGAGAACAGGAAUAGAACUGAGGAGGAGCAGGGCUCCAUGGCAAACCCACUGUGUGACUUAGGCAAUGACAAGGCUUCAACUCACUGUCUUUUUUUUUUUUGGUAGUGUAUUUUUUAUCUGUAGGUUUAAAAAUAUCUAUAUACAGGCUAUGUGCUUAUGAUUUGGGUUGUGAGUGAACUAUAGCUUUGAGUUGGAAAGAAGUCACAGGGUAAAAACCUUUUGGUUUUUUUAAACAAAAAGUUUUUUUAACCACCUGGAUGUUAAUAUUGUUGCUCAACUUGGGAGCAACUGUUGGGGACUUUCUGGUUCCCAAUAAGUGACCUGUUCUGGGUUUGGUCAGAGAGUGCAUGCUCAUCUGUGUUCAACCAGUUCAGGGCCCCCUCCCUGUCUUGGGGGCUGCUCCCCAGCAGGGAAGAGAUGCCAGGCUUGGAUGCCUUUGCUUCUGGAGAGUUUUCUGCUGUGUUCCUCUAUAAUCCCUGCCUUGGGGCUGCAAGACCUUCUGUAGGCUGGAGGGACAAAGGCAUAUUAAUCAGAUACGCAUUUUAUCCAGAGGAAAUCUUGCGGAACAUGAGCACUUGCUUUGUGAUGUGGGUCCACCUUUAUCAUAGACUGAAAGGAGGUUUCAGUUUUUAUUUUCUCCAGAAAGCAUGAAUAAUUAUUUAUAGUAGCCUGGGAAAAAUGCACUGUAAUAUUUCAAGUGUAUGCAAUAGAAUGUACUGUAACCGAGCCCCUCCCCACAGGUUUUAGGCUCAAGUAGCUCCUAUAGGGUAACUGUGUCUUUUCAGGGAUGAUGCCAUUCAUGUUUGUGCUGUAGAUUUCUUGCUGCUGAAUCCUUUCUGGGAGCUUUUCUAUUAGGCAGGGAGCAGCAUCCUUUGCCUGACCCACCACCCAUGUAGCUGCUGUGUUGUAUGUGUCCUACUCUUAAGGCAAGUGGAUAUCUAUGUGUCUGUUUGAAAAGUCACUUAUUUCUUAAUAGUGAUCUCAGUUGUACCAUGACUUCUUCACUGAAACCGUAAGAUCCUGCUUAAAACUUUGGAAAACCUAACCUGACUAGAGGUUUGACUGUUCCGAGGAUUAAAUGCACACUUUUUAAUGCGAUCAGUUUAAAUGUAGUUUGUAUUUACUGCGGGACUUUUUUUUUUUUUAACUGUGAUAUUUCUCCCCUCCUUGUUUUAGGAGUGAGGUUGACUUUGAGAAGACAGGUUCUUUGUCAGGACAAUAAACAAAGGAGGAGUACAGGAGAACUUAGAGCCCAAACGUUUUCAAUGAUUCCGUGCUGUAGCUGUUCUCAUUGCCAAAUGAGGGUGUCACGGCUUGCUUAAGCACAGUGGUCUGGUGCUGGCUUGUUUUGUUUUUCAUUCAGCCUUGCUGCAUCCCUGAAGACUCACCGUGUGCCCAGAUCACUACCACUUUCAGCACAGGGCAGACUCUUCUAGAAGAUUCAGCUUGCAGUCACUGUGUGACACCCCCACCCACACACAUAUGCAUGCAACACUGAUGUGACUUCCUUUUUCUGAAUGUUCACUUCUGUUACAGCACAUGACUUUUCUUUUUCAGUUUGAGACCUCCUCCUAAAAAGCAACAGCAUUUUCAUACAGGGUCUCAGUCCUGGUUUUGAGACCCUGGACAAGACCCAUCCUUCCCGGGGCCCUCGUUUCUGACAAGUUUUCUGAUUUCAGUAUUCCAUGAUUCUGGCUUAGCAAAUUCAUGAUACUUGAACUUGCUGGAGGCAUUGACUAGUGUCCUGGACACCCUAAAAGCAAAUGCUUGCAGACCUUUUUAAAAAAUAUUUGUGCAUAAGGUGAGCAACAAACUAAACAGUGGAAGUGAGUAGUAAUGAGUCAACUUUUCUGACUGAUGAAUGAACUUGAUCCCUUAAACCUGCUAUAAGGACACCUCACUGUAUUGUGUUACUUCAUUGUGGGCAUAGAGUGCCAUCUUAGGGAGCAGGGAGUCUCAUCUGGGGCUCAGUCACCGAAAGCUACUCUUGAAUAGGGCUGCCUUUGGGAUCAAGAAGCUUGACACAUUCCUUUGUGGAAGUGGUUGCUGAUUAGGGGUGGAGGGGCCUUGAGGUUCUGCAGACUGAAGAUGAAUGUUGUGCAGAGGGCCAGCUUGGAUUUUAUUCACUCCUGGUUUCUCCCACAUGCUUCUUGGUGUGAUAGGAGGACUUUCAUUGUCUUGUAGCCAGGAGACCAAUGCCACCAUGUGUCUGUGUAGCACAAGGUUUCUUCUCUCCCAUUUACUGAAAAUAUUUCACCACACAGACAAGAUUCAAAAAACUAUGUUAGCACACACCUAUGCAUACCUCAGUGAAUUUAUUUAGAUCCUUUAUGUGUAAGAGAAAUAAAAUGUGACUAAAACCAUGUGUCCUCCUUUGUAAUGAAUUCAGUGGGUCACUUCCAUGUAUGGUUUAAUGUUUUCCAUUUGUCUUUAGUGUUCAUAAAUAUUGCAUAGCUUAGGUUUUUGUUUUGUUCGGUUCGUUUUUUCCCUAAAUAUCUAGAAAGAUAAAUGGAACAUGUGUAUUUUUGUUUUGUUUUGCAAUGUAAAUCCUUAGGGCUUGAGUGGAGAGAGCUUCUCCGGGGUCAUGUUGCAUUGUCAAGUCUGUGUCCCUCUUGGACUCACCCACCACAACAAGGACUAGGAUGUUCCUCAGCAUUCUUUCCCUCAAGUGUAAGAGAUCUGACUUCUGCCCCAGAUUGGCCUUAAAAUGCUCCCAGUUGGCUCAGAAUUAGUGACAAGGGCCUGAUGAAAAAAUGUAGCAGAAACUGGGGAAUGAUCUGCAGAGGGUCAGCCAUCAAAGCACCAGCCUGGAUGUCCUCUCUGUUGAGUUCUGACUGCUCUGAGGACACUGAAUUUGUUUGUACAUGACACCCCUUUCCUCUCAGCAUCCAAAAAGUACCCCUGUAUGUUUUCCUUCUUAAAGCAAAACUCUCCUGGGUAGUCUGAACCUUAUUUCUGAUUAUUAUUAUUUUGCCUGUUUUAUAUUGAGUCUUUUCAUUGCUAUAUGUAAAAUUGUAUUUAUUCUUAGCAUUGUAUAGUCCUAUAAUGUAUGUUUAAAGCUAAGUCACUUUUAGAAAUGGUGAAAUGUAACUUUAAACGUUAACACUUAACAAAUUUUGAAAACAUUUUUUGGUAGCUAUCCCCCCCCCACACACACACACACUGGGCUUUUUCUGCUGUAAUGACUUAUAUAAGAAGAUUCCCAAAUUAUAGAUAUGUAUAUUUUUUGUGAUACCAAGGAAUAAAUGCAGGGUCUUGCACACAUGUGUUAGCACUACCAAGCAGUCUCCCAGAGUUGGUGAUUUUUACUCCUUAUUUGGGGUGGGGGUGGGGUGGCAGGGAGAAGAACGAGAGAGAAGAAUGAGAAGAGAAUCAUCACAGCACACCUGUUAUCUGUGGGGCUCCCAUGUGCUAUCAGGACCCAGACCCAGAGGCUUAUAUUUGGUAAGGUGUGCUCUCUACCAAGCGAACUAUUUCUUGGUCCCUCCAGAGCUGUAUGUUAAAGAAGACUGAACAGACUCUGUGGUUAGAGUUUAAGCUAGUUGCCCAGUUGGCUGGAGCCUAAUUGAAACUAGAGUUCAUUUUAUGCUGUCAGUGAGACCCUAGCAGGUUGAAAGUAUCCUUUUUUUAAAUUUUUUUUUUUUUUAGUAUUUAUUUUAUUUAUUUAUUCCCUUUUGUUGUCCUUGUUUUAUUGUUGUUGUUGUUGGAUAGGACAGAGAAAUGGAGAGAGGAGGGGAAGACAGAGAGAAGGAGAGAAAGAUAGACACCUGCAGACCUGCUUCACCACCUGUGAAGCGACUCCCCUGCAGGUGGGGAGCCGGGGUUCGAACCGGGAUCCUUAUGCCGGUCCUUGUGCUUUGCGCCACCUGCACUUAACCCACUGCGCUACAGCCCGACUCCCGAAAGUAUCCUAAGUGCUGACGGCCUGGUUGGGGAUGGAGGGUUGGUCGUGUGUGUGGGUGGCUCAGGCAGAAUGUCACUCUUGGGAGAAAUGCAUGUAGAUGUUUGGCACAGUGUUUGGAACAUAGUAAGUGUUCAGUAGUUUAUUUUAAAUCUUAAUUUAUGUUAAUGAGAGAUCGCAGAGCACUGCUCAGCUCUGGCUUAUGGUGGUAGGGUUGAAUCUAGGACCUAUGGUGCCUCAAGCUUGAAAGUCUUUUUUGCAUAACCAUUAUGCUAUUUCCCCAGCCCUUGUUUGUUUUUAUUAUUAUUAUUUUAAAUAAUUUAUUUAUUCAUGAGACAGGCAGAGAGAAAGAACCAGACAUCACUCUGGUACAUGUGCUGCCAGGGAUUGAACUCAGGACCUCAUGGUUGAGAAUCCAAUGUUUUAUCCACUGCGCCACCUCCCGGACCACAUUUGUUUUUAUUUUUUAAACUCAGCUGGUAACUUGAAGCCAAGCCCAUGGAAACCCACUGGGGUUUCAGCCAUUACACUGUUAGCUCCUCUGCACGCAGCUGGAGUAGUUACAGUCUCGAAAGUGACCACCCUGUGGUGACUGAAACAGUCCAACUUUAACAUUCACCUACACAUCUGGGCACUUCCCACUGCAUUUAGAAAGCUGUAGCCACUCAGGGAUAGAUGACUUGAGGAUAUUCAAAUGUUCUCUGGUUUUAGUGUGAAUGGAAUGGUUCACCUGAGGCCUUUUCCACUUCCUCCUUCCCAGUGAUCCCUUUCUUGCACAGAGAAGGUCUGUGACUCACUCUGGACCCCGCAGCCCCCUCUGGCUAAAGGUAGCACUUCUUUGUAUGAGUUACCUCAGGGGUCAAGAGUGGGGGAAGGAGAGACCUUUGUAGCUGAUUAUAUUGUUAGCCUAAAAGUUCUGCAUUCCCUUUAAAACAGUUUCAUGCUUUCAUAAAAGAAUUAUUUGGGUUUGAAGCAGGUGACCAUUUGAGGGUAGGUGAUGGAUACUUCUGUUGAAUUCUAGAUUAGUAAGGAAUCACAUUCAUGGACAGUGAACACUGAAUUGAGUGAAAAAUGUUUCCUUGGUUUUCUGGAUGGAGCAAGUGUGUAAAGUUGAGGAUUCUUCAUUUUGAAGGAACAAUGUUGACAAAGAUUAAUGGAAUAAUAAUAAGGAAAGGAAUAAUAACAUAGACUACUGGUUUGACUGAAUUAUUUCCUGGGUUUUAGUGAGGAAUUAAGACCCAUUACUAGUCUUUAAAAAAUGGUUUCUCUCUUUCAGUUAAUUAGAGAAGUAAGGGUCAUGACAGAAGAACCUGGUUGUAGAUGUUUAAUAAGCAGUUUCUGGAAUGGUCUGGUUCUGAGCUGGGCUGAGAGACCCUCUUUUCUAGACUUGUCUGACAAGCCUGGCAUUUCCUUCCUCAUUGUUUUACAUCUAGUGGAACCAACAACUUUUGGUAUUCAGAGGAGAAGAUCUAACUGGAGGUGAGCACCUUCUGGGCACUGGUCUCCCAGGCAUUGGGCAGCUGGCUCUUGGCAGCCUCUGGAGAGCCUUGCCUUUAUGUUGUGCUUGAUGAUUCUAUCCCAAAGGGCAUUCUGUUUGCGGGUAUUCACAUCUCUGUCACCUACUUCUCAGCUCUGUUAGAUUCAUGUACUGGUUUUGUGCAAAGGAAAAGCAGACUAGAAAGGGAGUUAAGAAUAUUCUCUAAGGCACCCAUCACAGGGAGAUGAGAAAAUGUUUCCAUAUGUCAACAACUGCACUGCAAACUAUUAAGCCCUCAAUAAAGUGAUUAAAAACAGUAUUUUCUUUUUUAAAAAAAUAUUUCCUUUUGUUGCCUUUUUAUUGUAGUUAUUAUUGUUGUUAUUGAUGUUGUCGUUGUUAGGACAGAGAGAAAUGGAGAGAGGAGGGGAAGACGGGGGAGAGAUAGACACCUGCAGACCUGCUUCACUACCUGUGAAGCGACUCCCCUGCAGGUGGGGACCUGGGGGCUCGAACCAGAAUCCUACCACCAGUUCUUGUGCUUUGUGCCAUGUGCGCUUAACCUGCUGUGCUACCGCCCGACUCCCCAAAAGUAUUUUCUAGUGAGCAACGUGUAUAUGUGUAUAAGAGUGACCUUUGAAUGCCAUCUCAUUAGAAUCCUACCUAUAGGCAUCAUGUGGCUACCUUGCAUCACACUGGCUGAGUAGGCUUCUGGGGAUUGGUUACAUGGUGGAACAGCUGAACAGACAACACCAGGGCCAAUUAAAUUAAAGAAUGUGGCGCCAAGAUAAAAAGGCAGGGACAGGGUGCGACUAUUGCCUGGCUAGAGGACAGGGAACAAGCAUCAGGAGGAACACAGGCAGGGAGGGGGCCAUUAAUCCUGAAGCUGAGGGCAGACUCAGACUGACUCUGCAUCUUAUGUGGGUCUGAGGACCAGGAAUCAGAAGCUUUUGGAUUCUCUUCUGAUACUGAUAUUAAGCUUUAUUUAUUUAUUUAUUUAUUUUUUUCCCUCCAGGGUUAUUGCUGGGCUCGGUGCCUGCACCAUGAAUCCACCACUCCUGGAGGCCAUUUUUCCCCCUUUUUGUUGCUCUAGUUGUUGCAGCCUCGUUAUGGUUAUUAUUGCCAUUGUUGACGUUGCUUUGUUGUUGGAUAGGACAGAGAGAAAUGGAGAGAGGAGGGGAAGACAGAGAGAGAGGGGAGAGAAAGAUAGACACCUGCAGACCUGCUUCACCACCCGUGAAGCGACUCCCCUGCAGGUGGGGAGCCGGGGGCUCGAACCGGGAUCCUUACGCCGGUCCCUGCGCUUUGCGCCACGUGCGCUUAACCCACUGCGCCACCGCCCGACUCCCAAGCUUUAUUUUUUUAUUGACACUUUCCAAAGCAGAGAGAAAGCUCAGAGUGGUAGAGACAGGCACCACUGUUGAGAAAUCUUGGGGAUUCUAAUAUUCUUGGGUGAGUUGACACAAGUGGAUAGCUGCUUCAGUUCUGCCCAUUCUGAGGAUCUAUUCAAUGAGAAUUUCCCCCCUAACAGUGAUGACCUCCUGCCUACUUUGAGGAGUGCCAGGUAGUCAGAUGUAGGCUAUCACUGCCAGUAUCUAUGUCACAGGAAGGCUGGUGCCUUCCCUUCCCCUCACCCCCUUUGGGUGGACCAGACACCCUGGGACUCAGCUGUCUCUCACUAACAGGCUGGUAUUGAUGUUCAGUUUCUUCCCUCAGAUACUGGGAGGCCUUGGAAUAGCUCCUGAGUGUUUGGAGCCCAAGUGUAGUCCUUAAAGCCUCCCCAAAUAGGCAUGUCUGUGCUGCUGCUAUGCCCUGUAUAUGACUACUGAAUCCCUGUUUUUUUUUGCCACAGCUGACCUUUCUCUGUGACAUCCUGAUCAAUGUUGAAUAAUAAAUGCAGAUUAUUCAAUGCAGUGUCAGAACAUGAUAUACUGUACAUUGGAAAGUAUUAACUUAUUUAUAUACCUGGAUGUUCCUAUUGCAUAAAUAAACAUCAGUUAAAUUCUA